ACUGCCCUUUUCACUAACCGUUCUGGUUGGCUGGUCUGUCGCACUGAGAUUGAGGUGAAGUCACUGCCCUUUUCACUAACCGUUCUGGUUGGCUGGUCUGUCGCACUGAGAUUGAGGUGAAGUCACUGCCCUUUUCACUAACCGUUCUGGUUGGCUGGUCUGUCGCACUGAGAUUGAGGUGAAGUCACUGCCCUUUUCACUAACCGUUCUGGUUGGCUGGUCUGUCACACUGAGAUUGAGGUGAAGUCACUGCCCUUUUCACUAACCGUUCUGGUUGGCUGGUCUGUCACACUGAGAUUGAGGUGAAGUCACUGCCCUUUUCACUAACCGUUCUGGUUGGCUGGUCUGUCACACUGAGAUUGAGGUGAAGUCACUGCCCUUUUCACUAACCGUUCUGGUUGGCUGGUCUGUCACACUGAGAUUGAGGUGAAGUCACUGCCCUUUUCACUAACCGUUCUGGUUGGCUGGUCUGUCACACUGAGAUUGAGGUGAAGUCACUGCCCUUUUCACUAACCGUUCUGGUUGGCUGGUCUGUCACACUGAGAUUGAGGUGAAGUCACUGCCCUUUUCACUAACCGUUCUGGUUGGCUGGUCUGUCACACUGAGAUUGAGGUGAAGUCACUGCCCUUUUCACUAACCGCCGACUGUGAGAGAAACUGUGUGGAUUGUUUCACAACUAUCUUGGCUGUUCAGAGACGAAGAGCAUAGAGAAGUCUGUCUACUGGGACUGUCAAUACGUCCGUCAAUCAAACAAUAGACGUAUUGAUCAGUGACCGACCUGCACUGCUCAGUGUGUCCUCUGUGGACCUCCAUCCAGACUCACCCUCUCUCCCACCCCUUCUUGCCCAGGGACAAAGUCAGGUUGAGUGGGAUGGCUGAGGGGCAUGCUGGGCACUACCCCCAGGUGUUCGUGGUGGACAGCCAGGCGAGCUACACCCCCUUGCCCAGCGGGAGGCACUUUAGGUGGGGAGGGAUCGGCCGGAGAGCCCUUCAGCUCCUGGUGGGUCUUGCGCUGGUCGGGAUCGUCAUGGAAGCCUGCUUUAUCGUGCACUUGUACAACAGGACAGGGGCCCUGAUCAAUGCUCAAUCCUUUAUCCAGAGGAGUGGCUCAGCUCAGGGUCUGACUGGAUCUGAAGAGACCAACGAGAUUUUAGUCAAGCCUACGAGGAGGACACGCCCACCUGAGAUCCAACAGAAACCCUCAGCACACUUGAUAGGCUCCCCCUGGUCAGUGCGUGAGGAUAGUGUCGUUCAGUGGGAAUCAGACAAGGGCCUGUCUGCCUUCACAGAUCAGAUGGACUACAAAGAUGGCCACCUGGUAGUACAGAGGGAAGGGCACUAUUAUGUCUACUCCAAAGUGCACUUCGUUGAAGACUGCUUUCUGUUCAAACACAAGGUGAUGAGGAUCACCGAGGGUUACAAAAACAAACCUCUUGUGUUGAUGAAAGCUAACAGGUUCCAUUGUACUUCCCAGGAUUCCAGACCAAAGAAGAUUUCUCAUCAGAAUCUUCUGAACAGCUACCUGGGCGGAGUCUUCCGUCUGUUGCCUGGAGACAUCAUCUAUGUAACCGUGGACAACGGGACGCUCCUGAGACUUGGAGCUGAAGAUAAUUUCAUGGGGGCAUUCAUGAUUUAGGAGACGGUGUGUAUUGACACACACUCAUACGUACAUUUGUCAGUCAGAUUCGUGUUUCAGUUAUGUUAUUUCAACGUAUAGAUUCUAACCAAGGUGUGUUAUAGAGAAUCAAACUAGAAAACAGACAAUUGGCUUUUUGAAGGUAUUUUAACCUUGAGGCAACAUCUGCAGCUAUUUGCCAUCUCGGCAAAUGGCGGGGAAAAUGCCUUUAAAACAUCCAUUGUCGGCUGCCUAGUGUAGUUUUUCUCAAUCCUGGUCCUGGUGAACCAAAGGGGUGCAAAAACCUGCUGAGGAGUUGACUACUUGAAUGAACUGUGGGAGUACUACAAACAACAGCACCCUCAACCAGGACUGAGAACUAUUGGGCAACAGCACCACGACCAGGACUGAGAACUAUUGGGCAACAGCACCACGACCAGGACUGAGAACUAUUGGGCAACAGCACCACGACCAGGACUGAGAAACAUUGGGCUAGUACUACAAACAACAGCACCAUGACCAGGACUGAGAAACAUUGGGAUAGUACUACAAACAACAGCACCCACGACCAGGACUGAGAACUAUUGGGCUAGUGCUACAAACAACAGCACCCAUGACCAGGACUGAGAAACAUUGGGCUAGUACUACAAACAACAGCACCACGACCAGGACUGAGAACUAUUGGGCUAGUGCUACAAACAACAGCACCCACGACCAGGACUGAGAAACAUUGGGCUAGUACUACAAACAACAGCACCCACGACCAGGACUGAGAAACAUUGGGCUAGUACUACAAACAACAGCACCCACGGCCAGGACUGAGAAACAUUGGGCUAGUACUACAAACAACAGCACCAUGACCAGGACUGAGAAACAUUGGGCUAGUGCUACAAGCAACAGCACCACGACCAGGACUGAGAAACAUUGGGCUAGUACUACAAACAACAGCACCACGACCAGGACUGAGAAACAUUGGGAUAGUGCUACAAGCAACAGCACCACGACCAGGACUGAGAAACAUUGGGCUAGUACUACAAACAACAGCACCCACGACCAGGACUGAGAAACAUUGGGCUAGUACUACAAACAACAGCACCACGACCAGGACUGAGAAACAUUGGGCUAGUGCUAC